AUCCGCCAGUUCAGGGCAUCCGUGCCGUCACUCGGCUCGGCAGUUAAUACUGCGACUCGGACGAGGUCAGGCCGAAAAUCUACCGCUAGCCAAGGGGGAAGAGUGUAUCGCGAGCGUCGCGCGGUCACAACUAGAGAAACCGAGAUUUCUGGGGAUUGUGCUGAUUUUCGGAUUAAGGCACAGUGCGGUUCUGUCGGGUGCCAUCCGCGACUAUCGUUGGGGGAAAAAUUCUGGGUGGAUAUCGAUUGCUGUUUGCGCUGGUGGGAUAGCUCCGGCGUAGAUUCAGUGCCGGGGUUGGGAUAUUGGUGACUUACCACACCCUACUUGGAAUAAUUGGCACUUGGAGGGAGGGCGCGACAUUUUGCUGAGUGGGCACUGAGGCCAUGCGGUGAGGUCAAGUGUUGGUGGAUAGCUCCUUGAGUGGAAGAUGAUAACGCGGAAACUGUAGUCUACGUGUAUGUUGGAAAGCCAGCCGUCCUACAGCGUCCCCAUGCGGUGGCUGUGUCCUUGGGUAGGAAGAAAGAAGAGCCUGACGUGGAACCCACUCAAAUAAUCAUAAUAAAAGGAUUAAGCUGUUCCGGAGGACUCUCCUCGAAUGCCAUAAAGAGUGAAUGCAUUUUUCCUACUCCACAAACCAGUUCAACCCACUUCGGUAGAUUGCGCGUGGUACAAUACGCUGUGCCAAGCCACAAAGCCAUUCGAAACUAAUUGAGUGAAAAUAUCAUAAUUGCUGUUCGGGUCGGGUCGUGUGCUGAAGAAGAAAUCCGUUGCUCAACGUCCCACAUUUGCCAGCAAUUAAAAGGAAAUGAGCGCUCUAUUGCCACCGCCGCCGCAGAGUUAAGCUAGUAGUGUUCCACCCAUUGCUGCAUUAUAUCCAGCUUAAAAGGGGAUUUGUGCGGGGAAAAAAGCGUCGUCGUCGGUCGCUGUUGUUUGUGUCCAAUGAAUGAGUGAGUGGGUGACGUGUUGUCUCCGGCAGAGUUGUGGUGGCAAUUGUCAGAUGAAGAGGCGAUAACGCUGAAUUGUUGAAGGCCACCCGUGUUCUUCUCCUACCGAAAUAGGACGGAGCCGUGUUUGUUGAUACAGCACCCGGUGUGGGUCGUGGGAGUUUGAGGUGUUUAUGUAUGAAGUGGGGGAGUGUGUAAGUAGGUGGUAGCAGCAUCCCCACCCGCCAGAAACAAGGAAUUCGCGGAAGGAAAGAAAAUCGAUCCAAGGAUAAUUGAAGCAGCACAUUAAAACUUUUUCCUGAGAUUGCUGUUGGUGCUGUUCGGAAGCACAUCCGAAGCGAGGCGUGUGAAACCAUGCAUCAUCAGUGGAAGGCGAUACUGUCGUUCAUCUUCACCCUGCAAUAUUUCCGACUAAUCCGAACGCUACAGCUGACGGAAAUCGUCGUGCCGGACGUGGUCGACGUUCGUGAUACGCCCACGCUGUCCUGCAGCUACGACAUGGGAACGCACACACUGAACUCGGUCAAGUGGUACAAAGACGAAAGCGAGUUCUUCAGGUACUCACCGAUGAUGGAGCCGAACGUGAGGACAUUUCCGGUCGAUGGUGUGACCGUUAUCCGAGACUCGCCAGAGCACUACUGCAACCGGUUCAUGUGUCGCAUCCAGCUGCACCGGCUCAACAUCAAAUCGAGUGGGACCUACCGGUGCGAGGUCAGCGGGGACGCACCGGAAUUCAAACUGGCCCACGGGGUCUACAACAUGACGGUGGCCGUGCUGCCCCAGUACGACCCCAUCAUCAACGGGUUGCAGCACAACUACGCCUUGGGCGAUUUCGUGGUGGCCAACUGUUCCUCGGACAUGUCCAGCCCACCGGCACGGCUCUACUGGUUCAUCAACGAUCGAAUUGUCCCGUCGGACUACCUGCAGCCGCAGCAGGAAACCACCAUCGAGAACGAUGGCUUCAUCCUGCGCUACCGGACGCUGGAGAUACGGUUCCACAUCGACGAGGCCCGGCUCGGCAAAAUCAAGGGCAAGCUGAUGCUCAAGUGUUUGGCCCGGAUCGACGCGUUUCCGCAGGGCACCCGGGAAACCACCCAGGUGGUGUACAUCCCGAUGACGGAUGAGCUGCGUAACCAGAAGCUCAUCAACUGGCGCAACGGAGCGCAAUCUCUACACUACCGGUCGCAUCCGCACUCGCAGCAGCACCUAAAGUAUGUAUCCCUUCUAGUGCUAUCGUUGCUAGCGAUAAUUUCACUAUCUCUGUAAAAGCCACACGACCCUCUCUCUAUAUAACCAAAAAGGACGGCGUGGGUGGUUGGCACGUGUUGAUCGUUAGUUCGUUCUCGAACGCAAGCCAAAAAGCGCCCAAAAAAUGAGGCAGCAAGCCAACACCAAUCGAAGAGAACUGAAAACUAAACAAGUUAGAGUAUGUACACAGAAUGAAGCGUGAUAGAGACCUCCUUAGAGCAAGAGAAAAAAAAACGAAGAAGACAAAAUUCAAGUGGAAAGUUAGGAACGGGGAGAAGAGAAAACUAUCGGAAAACUCAAGUUGUUAAUUUUUUAGAAGCAAUUUCCGUUGAUCCCUCAUAUAAUGUAUAGUGUGAUGAUGGCGCGUUAGAGGAUGGAGGAAAGUACUUGAAAUUCGUUCACUAUUGUAUCGUUACUAUCAAAAGCACUCGCACACACAAAAACACACACCCUACAUGGCUGGGAGGAGGGGGUGUAUGUGGGUUCGCAAUUUUCACCACUCUCACACACCCCCUCUCGCUCGCCGCCAUUGCACUCACUAAUGGACAUAAACUUGUACAGCAAAAGUCGGGACGGGCCGAACCGAGCGAAACCUUUGUAAAUAGCUAUAGAAUAAAAAGAUGCUCGGAGCAAGCAGUUUCCAAAACGUAAAAGUCAAAGAAGGCAGAAUCAGCAGCAGCAACAAACGGCACCCAACAACUCCACAUGUUACUCUAGUUAUAGAAGCUCCUCGUUUCUCCUUUUAUCUCGUGUUGUUCCUUUAUUUUUUCGGCGUAAGAUAAAGAUAAACUAAUCCUAUUUAGCGUUUAAGGCGAAACGCUGCACUGCUGUGAGUCGGAGGAGCGACAGGGCGAGAAGCGAAAAGAAAAACAAAAACGAUCAUAAGAUUGGGUGAGAUAUGAGAAAUAGGACAAAAGUUAGAUAGUUUUUAUAAAUAUUUUUGUAACGUUUAGUUAACAGCAGCGCGUGUUUAUACCAGAGCAGCAAGAUGCGAGCAAACGAGAGUGAGAGGGACGAAGCCGACAUGGAGAAAAGAAAAGGAAAACUGAAUGGCGAACGCGUCAGCAACAGAGAUAGACAGCGACACGAAGGACUUGUGCUGGUGCACAAGGUUGCCAGGGAACCAGGGAAGGUGGGGAUGGGGAAAGGAGGUUGUGCUGGGGAUAAGCCCGUUUCUGAGACGAGAAAAACAGCGCGAAAGUUAAACAAUUGCAAAUCAAAGUCAAACUCUCUGUCAGCACUCUGCAGUUGGGGUGUUAUGGGGUGAAGAAAUGGAAUAAGGGUAAUAAUGGAGAAGCAUUCAACACUAGUGAGGAACAUUGAUAUAUGUUGCCUUCUACCGGCAUUUACCAGAUUUGCUGGUGUGUCUGAAACAAACUAAUAAAUUUAAAUUAGAAGGCACGGAAUGUUGCUGUUGUUAGAUGGCAAAUUGGGAGGUAAAUUGUGAAAAAUAAAAAUCGUGUUCCGAUGGGACUCGAAACCACGACUCCAUAUUCGCUUGACCUGUGCUUGAACCAACUGUGCCACAGAUCAGUUAAUGAUUCUGUGGAGUAGAAAGCCAAACAGACUCCUAGUUCACACAAUGAACACUUCCUUUUUCACAUAUCCAUCUCUCUUAACCUUUUGGAGCCGAUUUAUUGCCGCUGUCGACGCAACCUCGCUGGUAUAGAACACGUUUGUUAUGCUCGGUUUCAUCGCCGGGGUCAUAUAUGACCCCUCCGGCUCCAAAGAGUUGAGGCGAAACUGGAAGCAUUUUCUCAUUUUUUUCGAUUUUUGAUUUUUUAUUAAAUAACGAAGCAAUAUUUUCAAAACCGG